CUUUAAAAGAAAUUUCUAAUGGUGUAUUAAUUAUGACUGUAUGUUUGACCGUAAGAAAAUUAUGAUUUUUUUGUGCUGUUUCGACCUAACAUUGGUUGACAUGGAAAAAGUGAUGAGAGAGCUUGACGCUGGCUCAGCCGGCGAGACACACCCCCAAGGUCAAAAGUUAAAAAGUUGGAAUUGAGUUUCGUAGACGAUAGAUCUACUUGUUAAAUAAGAAAUUUAAUAGUAGAUCUAGUAUUCGUAGUAAAUUUCUAGCUCACAAAUCUGAUUUCAUUUAUAUUUAUGAACUUCAGUUGUUUAAAAUGUCUCAGUAGUAUCAUUAAUUGAAUUCUUUGGCCUGGAAAUCCAAUGUAUUGUUGGUACUGCACCUGGUAUUAACUUCAAUUUUUUUUUAAAAUCCCAUUUCCACAGCAGUGAAGUUGCUGAAACAGCUUCUCUCAAAAUGGUUUGAGCAUAAACAGGAAUUAGCUAAUGCCUUUGUAAAAUAUUUGCUCUUCAGGCGAAUAAAUUUUCCCCAUUUUCCCUUUAAAACUUCAUCUCUUGGAAACAAAUGAAAAGAGACACUAAUUUCUGUAUCAGCAUACUUGCUGAUUUUAUCUUUGUGAUUGGAACUACUGCAACAAGCUGAAGAACAAUAUUUAAUUUUCUUCAAGUAGAAAUAGAGGUUUAUAAACAAUGACCGAUUAUAAAUCAACGUGGAGACUAGAUCUAGCUGUGAAGCGUAACAAUAAAUGCGAUCCGAUAGGUCUAGAUCUAGACUAGAGAGUUUAUCGGUUAUAUAGGUCUAGAUCUAUAUUUAGCCAGCACCUUCGUGACGUCACGUUUUUAAAAACUAAAAACAUCUCGCAGAAUCCCGUUUUUUUGGGGGCGUGGAGAAUUUUCUGUCUAAUUUAUUAAAUAUAAAAUUUUCCGAGCAUUUAAAUAAAAAAUGAUAUAAUGUUUACUAUUACAACUUUUUACGCAGAAUUUAAAUAUGUCAAUAACUAAAAUUUGAAAAACUAUCGGAGUUUCCCUUUAACCAAUGACUUAAAUUCACUGGUUUUCCUGGCUGGCUCAGGCAACCCACUCUAAUAGCACUAGGGAAGAAGGAGCAUUUGUACAAAUUUAUAUCCUAUCAUAUGGAACGAGGGAUGUGCUUUUAUCGUUGUGUCUUUCUGAGUAUUUUAUUAUAUUCUGUUUUUGUAUUCGAAGCUUAUGGUUCAGACUAGAUCAAGUUUUAGAUUGAAAUAAACUUCUUUUUUUUCUAGUCACUCUAGAUUUUCUAGAACUAUUAAUAACUUUUAAUAAGCAGAUCUAGUUCUACAUUAGAUUAUGCUUUAAAAAUAUUGAUGCUUAGCAACGUCUGCAGCUACGUUCGUAAACAAAACAAAUUAACAAUUUAAUUUUCUUUUUGCAUUAGAUCUAGUUUACGACAAUCAUGUUGAUUAUUUAGGUCUUAUCUUCUUUUUAUCGUCUUUGUAAUUAAAAAAAAAUAAUUAAAAAAUAUUUGAGCAUGAAAAUAUCUAUGUUUUAAACUUUCUCUUGUAUACAAAUUUCUAAGGCUCAUAUUUUUAAAUAGCUUUUCCCGUAGAACUUUUGUGUAAACAAAUACCGUAAAGGCCGGGCCAGCCGUUAGUCUGCUUACAUUUUCAAUACUAGCCUAGUAACUAGAUCUAGAUUCUAGAUCUAACUAUUUUAAGCGUUUUUUAGAUUUUAUAGUUUUAAACUAAAUUUAAUCAAGAAAUGCAUUUCAUAGCAAUUAUACUGAUUGUUAUGUAUUCACUUUGUACAAAUGCUCAACGCAAGAAAGACUUGACUGAAGAUGAGUUAAGUAAAUUAAAAGAGCAAACUGGAAUCGAUCCAAACGAAGUCUCAGACGAUGCUAUCAUUUUAAGUCCACCUAAGCUGACAGAGGAAGAUGAAGGUUCUAAGUUUAUGCCUGAAGCCUAUCGAUGUGAUGCCUGUCGUUCUAUGGCUCAUCACUUUGUUCAGAAAUUUUCUAAAGCAGAAAGUAAGAAGAAAGGAUCCAAGCUGACAUAUGUAGAGAUACUAGAAAAUGUUGAGGAACUUUGUCAAGAUGAGUUUAAGGAAUGUGGUGUUAAGAAUGUUCUAGGCAAAAAUAGAUUCUCAGGGCCAGGACUUCCUGCUGCAAAAAUGUCAGGCAUGGUUGAUGCUGGUGGUUUGUGGACGAAACGGAUGCAAAAGCUUUGUGAGGAACUUGUCGGGGAGUUUGAAGAGGAUGGCAUCUAUGCUCUAUGGGAUGAUCCUGAUGUAUCGUUUGAAGCAGAUUUAUGCAGCAGCUAUUGUAGAACUAGGAGACACACUGAACUCUGAUUUAACCUCAACUUUUUUUAAAGUUUUUUUUUGUUACCAGUAAAAACUUUUAUUUAAUUUUGUAUUUGAAUGUUUAUAUUGUACUUACAUUGUUUUAAAUUUGAAUUUUAACUUCAAUGUUAUGAAAAUAUUUAUCCUGCAAGAUAUUAGUAACAAAACAUGUUGGUUCAUAUUUGUUUUGCCUCUAAAGUAUAUAAAGUAUUUCACUUCACUGAUUAACAUGUUUCAUUAAAUUUAAUUCCAUUUUUAGCUUUAAAUUUUACUCAUGCUUUAUUAAAUAUUUUUCUUUUUGGUUUUUAAUUGUGCCAAAUGAAGUGUUCAUUUUAUUCACAUUCCAAGACCUUUUCUUUUUAGAAAUGUGUGAUAUUUAUGGAUAUUACAUCCUCUAGUCCUUUAACAAUCAAUGACAUUUAUUGAUAUUCUACUAUCUAGUCUCUGAUCAAUAGUUUAUUAACAUUGCAAUAUCUAGUCUUGUCUACUUUCUCAAUGUUCUGCACAAAGCAUUUUAUGAAAACAUUUUCAAUUUUUUGGUUCACUAACUUGUCUAGAAACAUUGAAAGAAGCUUUAGUUUUCUAUAUAUAUUGUGAUAAAAUUAGAAUAUUUUGUCAUAUCACAUUACCAGUCAAACCAUUCUUGUUGUGCCCAUUUAUAACUCAUGUACUGAGGAAUCAUUUCAAUGUUAACUGUUGAAUAUGUUUUGAAUCUCCGGGGUGUGUGGCAGAAUACGUUUGUUCCUCUUAGCUUGUGGUGUUACUUUUAUAAUUAGAUUAGAUGUUGGCUUUAGGUUUAAUUUUGUGAUAUUUCUUACCUUGUGUUUUGAAGAUAAAUGUGUUGUGCAUAUCAAUAUGUACAUUAAUGCUACUUACAUGUCUCAAUCUCUAUGCACUGUUCAUUGUCUAAAGAUCAAAGUCUUUUUUUUUACUUCUGAUAUUUUAUCAGAUUUCUAAGUGCAAUUGUCAAAAUAUUAUUAAUGUAUUAAUAUUCCCAUGAUAAUUAUGUGAAGUUUAUUUUUAUCACCAAUGCCAAAAAUGUAUUUUAAACAUAUCUUUUUAUUUACAUUCUGUUUUCUUUUUCUUCUGAAUACAAUUUGUUUUAAUAUAACACAAGUGGUGACUGUGUUGUUAUUGUCUCCUUAUUUAGAUCCUGGAGGACAAUUGUUUUUAUUUCUUUGCAUCAUUUAGUCAAAAUAUGCAGAACACAACAUAGUUUGUGUGGCCUCAGGAAAGAUUACACUCAUCCUUAAUCUUCAGAAUUGAAGAUGAUGUCUUUAUUAUCAUUUAGAUAGAUGCUGAUACGAUAUAGAUUUGUGUUUCACAUUUUUAUUUUGUAUGAAUCAAAGUUUAUUCAAAACACACAUUCAUUAUUUUAAGAAAACAAAAUAAAACUGUCAACUUUAACAAGAUGUUCAUGUUGAAGCCUACAGUUGAUAUAAAAGAUAUUGAUAUACUACUUGAACAAUCUUCAACUUACAAGGUGACACACAACAUACUAAUAUAAAGAGUUAAAUGCAGUCAACAUUUAGUCAAUCACACUGUCUGUGAGUAGUUUAUUGGAAUCUGCGAGUGUACAUUGAGGUCAGUCUUGCAACCUGGUCAGAGAUGCCUUCUGUUUUCUCAGCCUGAAGACACUCCUGUGGGGGGAUAAACAACUGAGGAUCAACGAUGCCCUGGACCAAGUCAAAGUACUGAGUGGUCAAGGUUUCAUUGUUGCGUCCGUUGAGGAAAAAUGAA